AUGGAUUUUAUAUUAAAUACUCCACGCAUACUUAUUCUUAUGAAUUCAUAUUCAAAUAAAAAUAUUUUAAUUGAUAUGGGAAAAUUACAAAUGAAUACAAAUUCAAAUGACAACAGAAAUUGUUCAUCUAUUAAACAACAUGAAAUUACAUUUGAUAACUUUUCACAUACGGAUGAUGAACCAUGUCCAAUAACUUUUUGUGAACGACUUUGCUUUGAAAUGACAACUGAUCUUGAUGAAACAAGAUUACAAGUAUUUUUUCUACCAAUUAAUGUUCAUGUCGAAGAUUCGAUUGUUGUAAAUCGACAUCUAUCUACUGGAUGCCUUCAAUUAUCUGGUGUAGUUAUUUGUGGUCAUGCAAUGCUUUCACGUGAAGGUUUACCACCUGAACGUGAAGUACUUGAAUAUGCUUGGCAAAUGGAAAUUAUACUUGGUAAAAUCUUAGCUCGUUUAACAACAAUUCAAACAGCACCUAUUCGUUUAUGUAUGUGUAAUAUGCAUACAUCAUUAUGUAAUGAAAAUUUAACUUUAAAAGUUGGUACAAUACAUAUUCGACAAUUAUUACGUCUUUAUCCUGGUUCAUGGUUAGAAACUGGUUCAAUAAGUGUUCCUGAAUUACGUGUUAAUGCAAAAUUUAAAUGUCAUCCAGCUAUUAUUAAUGAACAAUUAGAAUUUCUUCGUCGGCAUGAUCAACAUUCCCAACGACUACAUUUUCUUUAUAAUCGUAAAUCUCAACAAACAUUAAAUAUUCCAACAAUAUUAACAAAUUUAAAACGUCCAUCUUAUGUUGGUUUAGCAACAAAUUCUAAUAUAUUAUCAUGUGCAUGUCUUGGUGGUUCAACAAAUUAUUAUACACUUGUACAAGGUGAACAAUUUUUUAAAAGUACAUUUCGUCUUAGUGAACAAUCAUUAUUUAUUCGUUCAUUAUUUCAUCCGGAGUUACAUGUUUUACAUUCACAUUUUAUAUUUGAACAUAUUAAACGAUUGCAUGAUGAAUUAGAUGAUGAAGAAACUUUUUAUCUAUUUGAUUUUUGUGGACAACAAAAACAAUCUAAUGAACAAUAUCAAAAUAUAAAUGAUAAUCUAUUACGACGUAGAAGUGAUGAUUAUUUAGCAUUUAAUGAACAUUUAUCGUUAACAAGUGCAAGUCAAACAAGUUUAAAUUCAACUUUAAAUAAUAAUACAAAUAAUAUUAUGGAAUCAUUAUUAAUAUCAUCAUUAACUAUGAUGCAACAACAAUCAUCACCAAUACAUUCAGAUUUAAAUAUAUUUUUAACAUCAAUUGGUAAUAAACAAAAUCUAUCACCAAAUUCAUCAAUUGAUUCAUUAACAGCUUUAGGAGAAAUACUUCAAAGACAACAAACAAGAAAUAGUUGA